UUACACAUUGUACGGCAACGUCAUAUUAAUCCCCACAAUGGCGGAGAAAACAGUCCUGGAUAAAGGGUCAUCGUUUAUGGAUCCUUUCAAAGGACUUUUACUGACAUAUUUUAUGCCCGAAUCAUGUUACGACGAGUUCUUUCUCAAUUUCAACCUAUUGGACGUACAAUGUCUGAAGAUUGUGCUGAGCAAAGGCCUAGGGAUCGGCAUCAUCCUCGGAUCAGUGAUGGUGAAGCUGCCUCAGAUCUUAAAGCUGAUGGGAGCAAAGAGCGCUGAGGGACUGAGCUUCAAGUCUGUUCUGCUGGAGCUGCUAGCCAUCACAGGAACAAUGGCCUACAGCAUUGCCAACAAGUUCCCUUUCAGUGCCUGGGGUGAGGCUCUGUUCCUCAUGCUGCAGACCGUCGCCAUUGGCUUCCUCAUUCAGUACUAUGGAGGAAAAACCAGCAGAGGUCUCCUCUUCCUGAUUGUGUAUUUUGGCCUGCUCAUCCUCCUGCUGUCUCCAGUCACUCCCCUGUUAGUGGUUACCUAUAUGCAGGCCUCUAACAUGCCUGCAAUCAUCAUCGGCAGGUUGAUCCAGGCAGCCUCCAACUUCCGCAAUGGGCACACUGGCCAGCUGUCUGCCAUCUCUGUCUUCUUGCUGUUUGCUGGAUCCCUUGCCCGCAUCUUCACCUCACUACAGGAAACUGGAGAUUCACUGAUGGCCCUCACCUACGUUAUAUCCUCCGCCUGUAAUGGCGUCAUUGCUCUGCAGGUUCUCUACUACUGGAACAGCUCCCCAGAAUCCAAGAAGAAGAAAAAGAAGAGAGAGUAGGCAAAGGACAGUCACUAAACUUCAAUCAUCGAGGAACACUUUCCAACUUGUCCAACUUUAGACACUCUCAAAGAGAGGCGAUGGGUCCAGACUCCUGCUGUGCCAUAUACUGUUAUUACAUUCCUCUUAAUUCAGUUUUCCUCAUUAGAGUCAGGCUUUGUUCAUACUGGUGUGUUAGAAUGUUUAUACACAGUUUGUGCACUUGCCUGUUGAUUUUUCACAUCCAGUGUCUCCGAUUACAGUUCUAAUCAUCAAGAUUAUUUCUUUAAAUGGUUUAAAAGUUUUUGCCUUAGAUAAAGAAUGAUUUAUUGUUUUAUCAUUUCACAUAAACAUAAUUCCACACUAGUUCCUAUAAUUGUAGGGUAUUUUCUAUGGUCUGUAUUUGGUGACAUUAUGAGAUGACAUUGAUGCUA